AGAUUUAUACUUUAUUCAACUUGUGAUUUCAUGUUCCACAGAUGGCUUUGUCAAUCAAACCAAACUUUUCUCAGUCAUUAAACAAUCUCGGAGUAGUUUACACGGUUCAGGGUAAAAUGGAUGCUGCUGCUAGCAUGAUUGAGAAAGCUAUCAUUGCAAACCCAACAUAUGCAGAGGCAUAUAAUAAUUUAGGAGUUCUAUACAGGGAUGCAGGAAAUAUAUCUCUAGCCAUUGAAGCAUAUGAGCAGUGCCUCAAGAUAGAUCCUGAUUCCCGAAAUGCAGGCCAGGUAUUGCCUGUUCUCUUAUGAUUUUGAGCUAUCCAA